AUGAUCUACGCAGAACACAUUCAUGGGAUAUGGAGAGAGAGGAACAGCAGAAUAUUUGAAAAUACACGGAGAACAACAGAGCAGAUUGCACGAGAGAUAGCAUGUGUUUGCAACGUCAGAGCCCAAGAUGGGCCACAAAGAGAAAAGAGCUGGUAUUUCUUCACUGGAAGGAAAAGAAGGUACAAAAAUGGAAGAAAACCAAAUAGACAAGUGAUAGGCAAAAAAGGCUAUUGGAAAGCUACAGGUGUUGAUUCAGAGGUUAAAUACAAUGGCCAAAUUGUUGGCUACAAAAUGACACUUGAUUUUUAUGAACAAAAUGGAGUAAAAUCUCAAUGGAAAAUGCAUGAAUAUCGUCUUGAUCGUAAAAGUUCUCUACCUCAUGCAAAUAGCUCAAUUGAAUACCAGGAGUUGGACAAAUAUGUGUUGUGCGAGAUCUAUAUAAACACUAAAGCUAAGAACGUCAAUAAACGAAGCAAGAGAGAAAACGAUAGUGAAGAUUUGCCAACAGAUGAUGAUGAGUCUAUGAAUUCUCCCAACAAUGACAGCAUUAUUCAAGAUACUGAUUCGACAGAACUCAGUAGCUACAGUUCAAUCUUGUCCGAUAUCAACAUGUAUCCUUAUGAAGCAAUAAUGGAGCAUGAAAAUUCUAUUGGUUUUACUCCUAAUAUCUUGGCAUCAAGUAAUUAUGAUCAACCCCCGAUCCUGCGCGAACGCGAAAUGCUCUAUGCACGGGACUGUCCAAGUAAUUAUGAUCAAAUAUCAAAUUUUGGUGAUGGCAAUUUUCAUGGCUUUCAGGGUUUUGAUGAGCUUGGUGCAGUGAUAAAACAUUUGUUUCCAGAGAUGAAAAAUGAAAAGAGCAUAUAG